AUGCUUCAGCGCCAUGGAUUUGAAAACUUUGAGUCUCUCCUAAAUAACAUCAGGACUCCGUUCGUGAAUAUUUCCGAUAUUUCGUUGCGAAGUAUCGUUUUAGCAGCACAGAUUAACAUUGGGUUCUGGAUCAGAAAUGGAUUUUCUGUUGCACGCCAAGGUUCCGCUUAUUCGAAUUCAGGCAUUAGUGACUCAACUUACCAUCGUGAUUUUCAUUUAAAUCAGGUCGCAGCUAUGUUAGAUGAUCCUCGAGCAACUUUGUACAAUUUCUUGGAUAGAUGGGAGCUUUUGGACUGGUACGUCAAUAAGGUGAGCCACGAAGAAACAAUUUACGAGGAGAGAUUUAGUGCCAUUGGAGAAAAAUUCAUCAUUUUCUUGUAUAAUUUGAUCAUCGACCGAAGCCGCUUUUUGACGUUCACAUAUGAAGAAUGGUUUCUUUAUCAGACUCGACAAGAGAUUUGUUACGAAUUGUGUGAUGGACCCAAAACAUAUUCAUACUUGAAGUCAGAAGUCUCUCCAGAUGCAAGUGAACAUGACAAUUUUGAUGAUAUCUUGGACGAGUGUGCAGAAUAUCAACCGCCAACCGGCCUCACUGACUCAGGCAGAUACAAGCUCAGGGAAAGCAUGUAUGAAAACCUUGAUCCUAUGAGCAUUCUUAUGGACGGAUCCAAAUUCCAAGAUGUUUCCGAUGCUCUUGCCAAACAGAUUUCGAAAUCAAAGGGAAUCAAAGAAGCUGAUGUGAUUUUGAUGCCUAAUAACAAGCCAAGCGGAAACUCGUUUGUUGAUAGCCGAAUUGCCCGGUUUGCCAAAACGACCGAUUUUGCAAAAUUGAUUUACAAGUUCAUGAGGGCUUCUAUUGACUCUUCAGAGGAAUUCUACAUCAUGCCUGUACUUCACUUGUUACAUGCGGUUAUUCGUGAUGACGAGUAUUUGAACGGCCCAGAGUAUUUGAACAGUUCCUUUGUUUCGAUUCCAAUUGGCGACUUGCUCAUGACCUUGGUAAACUCCUCAAUGUCUCCUCAUGUAAGGAAAAAGGCAGACCACUUAUUAGGAUUGUUUUUGGCCCGCGACAGUCGGGUCAUGGACUCUCUCAUCGAUUGCUUUGGUGAAGAGUACAUGUCUAAGUAUAUGGAGCAUAAGAAUGAGCUUAUCAAGUUUGACAAUUCCAAGAAGAGAAGUUUGGCCGAGAAGAGGAAGGCGAAGGUGAUGAAGAAAUUUGCAAAACAAAGACAACAAUUCUUGCAAAAAAGUGAUUUCAAAGAGGACCAGUUGCAGGUAGAAGGUGGCAGCGUCGAGCAGGCUAGAACUUGUAUACUAUGUGGCGAGCCAGAAAGUUCUUCGGAUGUAUUUGGAAUAUUGGCCAGUAAUACUGAAUCCUCCGUUUUCUGGAAGCUUCCCGAAAAAGGACCCUUGGUUGUGGACGCAUUUGCAAACUUUGAUGACAUUAUCAACGCAACUCUGUCAUCGUAUGGUUAUGGCUAUACCUAUCCAAAGAAUACAACUUCUUUGAAUAAUCGCAAGGAAUACAGGCUUGUUUUUUCAACAUGCGGUCAUGGUAUGCACUAUAGGUGUUUCAAGCGCUCAGCCAAUCGCUCCCUUCAUAUCAACUGUCCUUUAUGCCAAAGUUACCAAAACACUUUCCUUCCAACAUAUAUCACUCCUCAAAAUGCUACUGUGCCAGAAAAUGUUAUGAGUGAUGCUCCUUUAACUCUGAGCUACAAUGAAAUAUUGGAGUCUGAUUCGCAAGAAAAAGUGAAGGCACUUCUGGCCGCAUUGAUGCUUUCAGAAUAUUUCCAGCCUGAUAACGAAACGCUAAGACCACUAGAGGAAGGCUUGAUGGCUCGUAUCAAGUCACUGCAUAAUCUUCGUUUUGACACCAGUCGCAAUAGUGCUUUUGACAGGAACUCGCUAAGCAAGUUGAGUGAUGUCAUUGGUGAUACAAUUCGAAUGCAUGAAAUCACUUCUCGUAUAGAAGGAAGCUGCUCAUACACAGACUUCCUAGAAUUGGUUCCGCAGCUGGCAAAACUUUUGAUCAGAUCGUUGAUACAGAGUAGGGUGUAUUUAGGGACGAUCAGGAACCACAGCCCUGAAGCUUCUAAGAACGCCUUUGAUCCUUUGGACUCUGAUACAAUGGCGGAUUGUUCUUUCAAUGAAACUGUGAGAUUAUUCUUUCAAACGAAUGAGUCCUUUCAAGCCCUUUCGAAGCUUGGUUUCACUAAGACUGUCGGUAUAACAGUGUAUUCUCUAGUACAGCGUAUUUUGGAAGGAAAAUUCAAAGUUCCAGCCUUCAACAGAGAGUUGGAUGAAGGCAGUAUCAACAAUGUUAGAAAUCUUCUUCAUGGACUAUGUGACACUGCUAGUCUACCCCACUUAGACUUGAAGGACAAUCAAUUUGUUUCCAGCAUUUUCUAUGCAAUAGAGAGACUUGUGCUACCAUACUUACGGCAGGUGAUUGUGUUCUUUGAUAUCUUGACAUCCCGGUACGAUGCCGCGACUUCAUCAUUAGUUUCACUGCAAGCGACCGAGUCGUUGAAAGAGCAGCUUAUAUUGCUGGAGCACCCCGAUAACUCAGAUGUCCUUUGUGAUAUGUUAGGAGUUCCUCGACUCCACGAGCUCUUAAAGACAUUGGUAGAAAGGUCGGAGAACGGUUUUUUUGAGUUGAGAAUCUACGAUAAUAUCAUCUGUGCCAAGAUUCCCCGACACUUAGAUGAUGGCAUUUUGACUCUUGAAUACCCUGGUGUGAUAAAGCUCAUCAACCUUCCUGAAGAUUUCAGCAGUAUUACAUCUCACGAAAGUGACGGCACCAGAGAGCAAGAUACCUUAAUAUGCCUAGUCUGUGGCACUGACGUGGGAACAGAAAGUCAGCAAAUGCAUGCAAAGGAUUGUUGUCGACAUGCGGUUUAUUUCCAGCCUCGACUCAAUUUUUUGCGAAUUUCUACUCGAAUUGGUAAAGUUCCUGUCGGAUAUGGAUUGCCUGCUCCAUAUCUUACCACUCAUGGUGAAAUCAAAAAGGUCCUCAUGCGCGGUAAAGCUAAGCUCAACCAUUUACGGUAUCGUCAUUUGAACAAGCUUUGGCUCAAUCUGGGACUCUAUGGCUAUGUCACAAGAACUCUUAGCGAGAAUGAAUUGAAUUUCGAGACAUUAGAAACGCUUGAACCCGGCCAGGGUUUUAGACGUGGGUUCAUUCCUGUUUGA